AUUUUAUUUCUCAUUCAACCAGUUUUUCAAAUAUCAGACAGUGACACUUUUUUGAUGUACAAUGAAAAUCUUGAUCUUUGCCUAAAACUUCAAGAAUCUCGUUCCUUCACCUUCGACAACUGUAACAAGCACAAUGAUUGGCAAAAUUUUAAAUGGGUGUCUGAUUAUCAUUUAUUAAAUAUGGCAGUGAAGCUAUGCCUGGGUGUGCCUUCAAAAACAAACAUGGUUCCAGUUACACUGUCCCCAUGCAAUAAAACCACUGAAUUACAGAAAUGGGAAUGCAGAAACGACACGCUGCUUGCUCUUGCAAAACAAGACCUGUUUUUAAAUCCUGCUAAUGGGCGUGAGAAUGGGGUUAUACUAUCAAAAAAAACCACCAUAAAAAGUGUUUGGAAGAUCUAUGGAACAAAGAGGAGCUUUUGUGCCCAAAAAUAUGAAGCUCUGUUCACUAUAGAAGGCAAUGCCUUGGGAGCACCUUGCGUAUUUCCUUUCAAAUAUAUGAAUAAAUCGUAUGCUAAAUGCAUAAAUAAUGAUGAUGACCACAAACGGCUUUGGUGUGGAACAACUCCAGAUGUGGACAAAGACUCUUUAACUGGAUAUUGUCCAGUAAAAGAUGAAAACGAUAACUUUUUCUGGGUCAAAAAUCACUGGACAGGAGAUCUCUACCAGAUCAAUUCCCUCUCAGCUCUAACCUGGGAUGAAGCAAGAAAAAGCUGUCAGCAACAACGUUCAGAAUUAUUGAGCAUCAACGAACUAUAUGAACAAGCAUAUUUGACAGGAUUAACAAAUAACUUUGCAGCCAACUACUGGAUUGGUCUUAAUAACCCAGAUUUUGAUAGUGGAUGGCAGUGGGCUAAUGACCAGCCUUUAAGAUAUUUAAAUUGGGCUCCAGGUAGCCCCUCUUUAGAAACAGGAAAAAACUGUGGAUUGAUGCAGGGUAGGAAUGGCAAAUGGGCAAAUAGCCUGUGUGAACAGAAAUGUGGAUACAUCUGUAAAAGAAUGAACUCUUCAAUACAGCCAUCUGCACCUUCUUCAGAUGAUCUGAAACCAGUUAAAUGUCCAGAUGGCUGGGUUGGAUAUGCAAAGCACUGUUACCAUCUGAACAGAGAUCGCAAAACGUGGAAGGAUGCCUCAGUCUCCUGCCAAAAGGAUGGUGCACAUUUACUAAGUAUACAUGACAUUGAGGAAUACAGCUUUGUUUUUUCCCAACUUGGCUACAAACCAACAGAUAAUUUGUGGAUAGGCCUAAAUGACAAGAAGACGACUUCAUAUUUUGAAUGGAGUGAUGGUACUACAGUGAGAUUCAUCAAAUGGCAGAAAGGAGAACCCAACCUUAUAAGCGAUGUGCAAGAAGACUGUGUCAUCAUGAGUGGGGAGAAUGGAUACUGGGCAGAUUAUUUCUGUGAAGAGGAACUAGGAUACAUCUGUAAAAAAAAACCUUCAGAAUUUCUUCCUGGAACAGAUGAAGUUGCUGAUCCAAAAUGCCAAAAAGGCUGGAAAAGGUAUGGUUUCUAUUGUUACUUAAUUGGGAAGACACCUGGAACAUUUUCAGAAGCAAAGACAUCUUGUGAAACAAACCAAGGAUUUCUGAGCUCUGUGGAAAAUAGAUUUGAGCAGGCCUUCCUGACUAGCCAGAUUGGAUACCGUCCUGAAAAAUAUUUCUGGAUCGGCCUGUCAGAUGUAGGGAAUCCAGGGAUUUUCAACUGGACCAAUGGAGACCCCAUUCAAUUCACUCACUGGAAUGCAAAAAUGCCUGGCCCAAAUCCCGGCUGCAUUGCCAUGAGAACAGGAGAUGCUGCUGGACUGUGGGAUGUUGUGAACUGUGAGGAAAGGGCCCCCUUCCUUUGUAAGCAAUUGGCCGAAGGGGUGACACCUCCUCCAAUCCCGAGAGCGACCUCCCCUCCCCCAUGUCCUGAAGGAUGGACUGCAAGUCCAAUGAGGAGUGUCUGCUUCAAGGCCUAUCAAAAGAAGAAAGCUGAAAGGAAAUCUUGGUAUGAGGCAUAUGACUUUUGUAAAUUAAUUGGAGGAGAACUGGCUUCUUUUCAUAAUCAAGCAGAGGAACGCUUACUAAACCAACUAUCAGAAUCAGAAAAAGGCUGGAUUAGUUUAAGAUAUUUGCAUUCUGACAUAAAAUACGCUUGGAUUGAUGGGUCUCUUGCUUCAGAAACAGUUUUUGAUGAACGAUGCAAAGUAAUAUGGGGAAAUACUGGAUCCUGGUCAUCUUUAUACUGUCAUGAGAUAUUUAAUUGGAUUUGUCAAAUUACAAGAGGUUCACCCUUAAAUCCAGAACCAAGCAAUAACUUUGAAUAUAGUUAUAAAAGAGUUGAAGAUGGCUGGAUUGCAUUUGAAAGGAAUGAGUAUUAUUUCAGUAAUAAAACAAUGCCUGCAGAAAAAGCCCGGAAGUUCUGCAAACAACAUGGUGCUGAUCUUACCACUAUUGAGAGUAAACAAGAAAAAGUAUUUUUGUGGAGAUAUGUUGUCAACUAUGGAAUUCAUUGUGAUGUCUAUAUUGGUUUAUAUUUGAGUCUUGACAAAAAAUUUGGCUGGAUGGAUGGAACUCCAGUGACAUAUGAAGCCUGGGCCCCCGAUGAACCCAACUUUACCAAUGAAGAUGAACACUGUGUAGUUAUGUAUUAUGAUUCAGGUGUAUGGAAUGAUAUAAACUGUAGUGAUCAGAAAAGCUUCAUCUGCGAGAGACACAAUAGCUCCGUCCGUACAACUGCAGCACCCACAUUACCUGCAACUCCAAAAGGGUGCAGUAAAGGCUGGCUUUGGUUUAAUAACAAGUGCUUCCAAAUAUUUGGCUUCAGAGAAGAGGAGAAGAAAAAUUGGAGCGCUGCACGGGAUCACUGCAGAAACCUAGAAGGAAACCUGGCUAGUAUACCAAACAAAGCUGUUCAAGCUUUUCUCACAGUAAAUUUUAAAAAUGCUGCUGGUGAUACUUGGAUUGGACUCAGUGACAAGAAUUGGAAAGGACGUUUCCUCUGGACUGAUGGAAGUGGAGUCUAUUUUACAAACUGGGCCAAAGGGUCACCUCGUUCAUACAAUGGUGACUGCGUUUUUAUGAUGAGAAAACCUGAAAGGCUUGCAGGAUAUUGGAGAGUUGGAUCCUGUUCUUCUCAGAGGAGCUACAUCUGCCAAAAAAAUACUGAUAGUCCAUUGCCUUAUUCUGAACCAACAAUUCCAGCAUCUCACUUUAUCAGUUAUGGAAAUAGCAGCUAUUCUAUGGUUAGUCCCAAGAUGACCUGGGAAGAAGCAAGGAAGAAAUGUGAAUCUGAAAAUUCAAAACUUGCCAGCAUUGUAGACCCCUAUGCAGAAUCAUUCAUAUGGCUGCAGGUGCUCAAAUAUAAGGAGCCUGUAUGGAUUGGACUAAGCAGCAAAGAGAGUAAUGGUGUGUACAAGUGGGUAAGUAACUGGAGGCUGGUGUACACUAACUGGGCUGCUGAAGAGCCAAUGCAUAAAACAGCCUGUGUCUACCUAGACAUUAAUGGUUAUUGGAAAACAGGAAAUUGCAGUGAAAAAUACUUCUCUGUUUGCGAAAGAUACAAUGGUGUGGUGCCAACUGAGAUUCCACAAUUGCCAGGAAAAUGCCCAACCUCCAAGAACAGCCAUAUAUCUUGGAUUCCUUUUAGAAGACAUUGUUAUAAAUUUUAUGAUAUAAUGAGAUUUUGGCCAGAAGCAUCCCUGAAGUGUAAUCAGAUAGGUGGCACCUUGACUUCAAUUGAAGACUCAGAUGAAUUACAAUUUUUACAGGAACAAAUGGAAAAAUUUGAAGAUGCAGAAUAUUGGAUAGGCUUGUUCAAAAAUCUGGAUGGAGAAUGGCUAUGGCAAGAUAAUAAUAACGUUGCCUUUGUCAACUGGAAUGAACAUGUUUUUGAUAAUGAUGAGGACAAUGAAUAUAGUGAAGAGUAUAGGGAAGAGAACAAUGACGGCUUUUUUGAUAAGUGCAUUUACAUGAAUUGUCAUUCUGGAAAAUGGUCCGUGGGGCACUGCCAUCAUGAAUUGAAAUCAUUUAUAUGUAAAAGAAAUAAAAUUAUUGAAGAAUCAACUAUAAAGCCUACAGAAAUACCAGUGCAGAAAGGAGUGGCACCUCAAACAGCACAUGGCAAGGCUGUGAUGGUAGUUGUGCCAAUUAUUUUCAUAGCCAUCGGUGCAGGAAUCGCAGCCUAUAUUUUCUACAGAAGAAGAAACCGACCACAACAAGUCUCUGCUGGAUUUGACAAUUCUUUGUAUAGUGACAGUGUGGUUAUUCUACAUAAGGAUUCACAAUCUCCUGUAGACAACCAAGAAUUAAAUGAACAAAUAUAAUCGGCAAAUGGCACAGUUGUGGUGAAAGUUUUCUCAGUUAUCUUCAUAUUCAUUGGUGCUGUACAGAAUCUGCAGCCUAUAUUUUGUACAAAAGAAGAAAUAGACCACAUGUUUCUGCUGGAUUUGACAAUUGUUUGUAAAGUGACAAGAUGAUUAUUCUUCAUAAUGAUUCACAAUCUCUUAUACAAAACAAAUAAUAAUUUAACAAAUACAAUUGGCACCCUAUCCAAGGGUAAGACCCAUUGGAUGCUAUACAUUCAAAAUUUAAGAUACUGGAUUACACUGUUUAUAAAUUUAUAUGUUGCAAUAUUUGAAAAAGUUUAGAUCCUAUCAACAAUGUAAAUUGGCCAGACCUGUGAUAUAAAAAAAUGAAUUUAUUACAGUUACUGAUUAAAAAUAUUCUGAAUAGUGUA